AUGAUGAAAUUCACUCCGGCUUACCUAGCCUCGUUACUGGCUUUGGCGCAGGUUAUUGUUGCCAAAUCCGAGGAAUUCGGCCUGGUUGCAUUUAAGCCAAACGCGGACGUGCACUAUUCUACGGUUCAUUCCAAGGAUGGUGCUUUGUAUUUCGGGCAUAAUAAUAAGAAACCUUUGACUGCCUGGAUUACGGAAUGUGGUCUGCUAAAAUUUUCUGAUGAGAGUUAUGCAAGUGUUACCAAACAUGGUACUCUUGAAGAAACAACUAAAUGUUAUGCCUCUUCCGGAUUUUUUAUCAAGGAAGGUAAAUUGGCUUUCAAAGGUAAGAAAGAAUUCUGGGCUCAUCCAAAGGACUUUGAGUAUAAAGUUGCUGUCGGAGACGCUAAAGACGCUAUUAGUCUUUUGAUCAGAGCACAAGGCUCUAGCGGUUAUCCGAUCAAAGAUUUCUAUCCAAACAAGGAGAAAUGCUUUGAAGAGGAGAAGAAGGACAGAGAAAACAACAAAGAUGAUGGCUGUCACAAAGAUCGCGACCACUUGAAGGAAAAGGAUGACAGAGACGAUAGGGACCACAAAGACGGUAAGGAUGGCAAGAAGGACAAGAAGGACGAUGACGAGCGCAGAGAGGACAAGGACGACGACGAGCGCAGAAAGGACAAGGACGAUGACGAGCGCAGAAAGGACAAGGACGAUGACGAGCACGGAAAGCACAAGGACGAUGACGAGCACAGAGAGGACAGCGAUGAUGAGGAUCUUGACCUCGACGACGUCCACAAGAAUCACAAAAAAGGCAAGGACUACAAAAAGGAAAAGCAUUACAAGAAGGAAAAGAGUCACAGGAAAGAAAAGAAUCACAGGAAGGAAAAGAAUCACAGGAAGGAAAAGAAUCACAAGAAGGAAAAGGACCACAAGAGGGUUAAACACCAUGACGAAGAGGAAGAUUCUGAUGAUGAUUACAGUGACUAUGAGGAUUUUAAACAGGACCACAAAUACAAAAAAUUCAGAGGCCACAAAAAUCAAAAGAAGCACGAGGACUAUGACGAUGAGGAAUACGACGAUGAGGACGAUUAUGAUGAUCACAGGGUUAACAAGGACUUCAAGGAUCGUAAGAAUCGUAACUCCCACAGAGACCACAAAGGCUACAGGAAAAACAUGCAACACAAAGAAAACAAAGAAGAAAAAGAGCGUAAGGAAUUUAAGGACCACAAAGAUCACAAAGAUCAAAAGAGUCACAAGGAACGUAAGGACCAUCACAACAAGAAAGACAAUGACGAGUCCGAUGACGAUUUCGAAGAAGGUAUGGAUUUCGAUCAUGACAAGCAUUUUGAUCAUGACAAGCAUUUUGAUCAUGACAAGCAUUUUGAUCAUGACAAGCAUUUUGAUCAUGACAAGCAUUUUGAUCAUGACAAGGACUUCGAUGAUGACAAGGACUUCGAUGAUGUCAAGGACUUCGAUGAUGACAAGGACCACAAAGACGAUUGCACCCAUAAGAAGGGUGAGGAAUUUGAUUACAAAUAUCCAGAGCUUGAGGAAGAGACUUCCUGGAAAAACGGUGCGAACGCAAUCAGCAUUGGAAACGGUGUUGGAGUGGGUGCCUUUGCCGCUCUUGCUGCGCUAAUCAUGUGA